AUGCGUAGGCGCAGACAACGCGGAGUCAGUCGAACGAGAACCGCCCAACGGCUCUCUGCCGGCAAGGAGGUGGCGCGAACGGAGAAACCUGCUGCUCAAGCAUGCGACAGAGACGAACCAGCCGAAAACCAUCUAAGCUUGGACGAGCUCAUCGAUGGUAUUCAUAGCAUGAAGAAGACCGCGUCAAAUGUCAUGCGCGUUUGGCUCCUCAUUCCGAAUGAGGGGUCGAUGAAUGAAUCUCUCCUGGAAAAGGGUCUGCUCCACCCGGAAGCCUCACGGUCGGAAAUGUCGGCUUUUCAAGAAGCUUACUUUCGAUUGACCUCCGCUGGAACUGAAGGCGUUCUCGUUCUUAAUGGCGGGUUCGUGGCUCUGGAAAAGGCAAUGGUACGAGCGGCAGCCUCCUAUCGAUACACAGCCAUGGAUGUGACACAUGUUAAUUCCUCGCCAUCCUCGGCAAGCGUAUCCGAAUGGGCAGUUCUUCCCAGGGCGAGCGUCCUGUCUCCUCAUCCCGUGGACGCCGUCGGCAUCCAACCAGGAGCUGGUCUCCAUCCUGUCGAUCGGCCUGCUGAAAAAAUGGUAAUGUCUCCAAAGGCUGACGCCCAAGGACAGCUUCUUCUUCCGCUUCGGCGAAUCCAGAAGCUUCAGCGUCGGAGACGCAAGAUUCGUUCCUGUGCGCUUGAAUCACGAGCUAGCGUCGAUACCGAUGCAUUGCUUUCAACCACGCGGGCAUUCGCGCUUCGAGACGUCGGCCAGGCUAUUGCAACGUGGCUAUUUCCUACGAAGGAGCUCUCAGAAACAGCGAAUAUCCACGAACGCCAAGGCAAGGAUCAUCUGCAAGUAUGGUGCCCCGAGUCGCGACGACCUCUCCAGCUGGCGGACAUUAACAAGGUGAUAACAUCUUCACAGAAGCAACAGGCGCACCAACGCAUGCCCCUUUCGAUAUCCUCCAGCGGCUCCUCGUCCCGAUGCGAUUCAUCAUCUGACGGGACUACUUUCUUGAAGCAGGCGAAGACGGUUGCAAAUACAACUUGUUUUGUCCCCGUCUGUCCCAUUUCAUCGGGGCCACAUCAGCAGUUGUGGGAUUUCCGCGUCCCAGAAGCACACAGCCCUAGUCACCCGCCUGCUCUUGGCAGCGGCCACCCCGUUGCUUUAUCCCUUCGCCAACCACACUUACAAGCUCCGGCCAAAGGGUCAGUUGCCACGAGUUUCGAUGUAGCCGCUGGUGCCCUCUUACCUCCGUCAGCGUGCUCUGAGCCAGGCAGGCCCCCUCAUCGACUCGUGUCACCUAUGCCGCGUUGUGACCGCGGCUUGGUACAGAUGCAAGGCGUGGCUCCGUCAGGAAGCUUCACCCGUGCCCAUCUAUCUGGCUCGUUCUUGGUUGGCUGCGCGGAAGCAGCAGCCGUGCAAGCAAAUAUUGUUAGCACAAGUAAAGCCCCCUACCAUACCAACCGGGACAGUGCCACCAACGGGACCACCUUGUCGAAGGACAUUUCAACUGUGGUCAAUAAGUCCUAUCACGCAAGGAUGCAAGUUGCCCCUUCCUUGAAAGAUGGUGCUACAUACAACGGGUGGACAGAUACCAGCAUGUCGCCCAAGUACAGUGCAUCAGCACCCAAACAGAAAAAGGCUUCCAUACCAGCCACACUCCACCAAGAGCCAAAUUCCCUGGCAACAACGACACCAACCGUACAUUUGCCUUUUGUCUAG